AUGAGCCCAGAAGACAAUGUAGCUAAUCUUGUCCAGCUUUUAAAGUAUGCUUUGUUUGGAAAACAUAUAUUUGAGAAAGAGAAGCCCAGCUUUGAUGCGGUCCGGGGCUCUAUGUGGAAGAAGGUGUGGCGUCUUAAAGCUCACAGUCAAGAUGAAACGUUUGACCAUCUUCUUUGCACAUGCUCGUUUGCGUGUACGGUUUGGAAACUAAGCCCAUUCCAAAUGGAUUUCAGUGGAGUGCAGCCUACCUUUUGGAAAAAGAGAUGGGUUGAGUUAUGUAAUUCUUGGAACUCUUUGGUGGAGUCGGAAGAGUAUUACGGUUUGGCUGCAUUUAUUUAUUGGUCCAUAUGGAAGAGUAUGAAUGACCUAUGUUUUUCUAUGUCCGAAAAAGACCCAUUUGAGGUUGUUCAGAGGGCUUUAAGAGAUUUUACCGAAUUUUUAGAAGUUUACAGGCAAAACAAGCUCUCUGUAAUCCCAUCUCCUCCUCGUCUUCAUCCUUCGAAGGUGUGGUCCGACCCCGCUGAAGGUUUUUUGAAACUCAAUUUCGACGCUGCUUUCAACUCUAUUGCUUUGACAUGCAAUGGAGGCAUGAUUGUGAGGAAUCAUUUGGGCCAGCCGAUUAAGAUGGCUUCAAUUUUCUUCCGGAAUGUUAGUGACCCAACUUUGGCAGAAGGUCUGGUGUUGAGGACUUCACUACUCUUGCUAAAGGAUUGGGGUUACCAUUCGGUGGUCGUUGAGGGGGAUUGUUAG